CCACUUCUCUCUCUCUCUCUCUCUCUCUCUCUGCAAAUCUCUCUCUCACUUUCUCUCUCUUCCCCAAAAUAUCAAAGCAAGCUCGGAAGCGAUGGCCGGGUACAGAGCGGACGAUGACUAUGACUACCUCUUCAAGGUGGUCCUGAUCGGCGACUCCGGCGUCGGCAAGUCCAAUCUCCUCUCCAGGUUCACCAAGAACGAGUUCAACCUCGAGUCCAAGUCCACCAUUGGCGUCGAGUUCGCCACACGGACCUUGAACGUCGACAGCAAAGUCAUCAAGGCCCAGAUUUGGGACACCGCUGGCCAAGAACGGUACCGUGCCAUUACAAGCGCUUACUAUCGGGGGGCAGUGGGUGCACUCCUUGUGUAUGAUGUCACUCGUCAUGCAACUUUUGAGAAUGUUGACAGAUGGCUGAAAGAAUUGAGGAACCACACUGAUUCCAACAUUGUUGUGAUGCUGGUUGGAAACAAAUCAGAUCUCCGCCACCUUGUAGCUGUCUCGACUGAAGAUGGAAAGUCCUAUGCUGAGAAGGAGUCACUCUACUUCAUGGAAACAUCUGCACUGGAAGCAGUCAAUGUGGAAAACGCAUUUGCUGAAGUUCUGACUCAAAUCUACCAUAUUGUGAGCAAGAAGGCAGUCGAAGCGGGAGAAAAUGGAACAGCUUCAUCCGUCCCAGCCAAAGGAGAGAAAAUAAAUAUAAAAGAUGAUGUGUCUGCUCUGAAGAGAGUUGGGUGCUGCUCGAGCUAGGCCAGGUAACAAAACUUAUGAAUGAAUAUUGCUUAUCUUUAACUUGUGUAAUAUUUUUCCGACGGAUACAAACUAGAGGAUAUGAAACAUGAGGUUUUCCUUGAGUGGUUAAGCUAGUUAUAGUAUCCAAAUUUAGUGACAAUUCCUGUGAAUGCUGAUUAGCCCAUUUAAAUCGCCUUUCAGCACCAACUCUGCUUUCUAUGUUUGUUUUCCCCAAGGAUAUAUUUGGUGAAUUUAAAUAUCAAAAUUGUAUCAACAUCUUUAUUUUUGUUUACACCAAAGUGCCCCCACCUUUAUUUGGAUGCA